AUGGUCCUCCACGUCCGCGCCCUCCUCGACUUCCCUCCCGGCGCAAACACCUCCGACACGGUCCUCGGCGGCGUCCACUUCAACCGUACCGUCCUCAACUUCUGGAACUACACCCUCUACACGAACGGCACCGUCUCCAAUGGCUCCAACUGCUACGUCACCGAGCAACCCCACACCCCCGUCUACCUCUUCCCGAACGGCUCCUUCGUCAACUCGACAUGGUGCUACGACCCCAUCAACCCCAUCGGCACCCGCGCCGGCGUCGGCGUCGGCUUCGGCGUCGUCUACGCCAUGGCCCUCGUCUUCGUCCUUGCCAACCUCAAGAAGCAUGGCAAGAGCUACCUGCCCACCUCGAAACGCUUCUACCCCAUCGGCCGCCGCUGGCAGUGGUACUACGCCAUCCUGAUCUGCGUCGCCGCCUUCAUCAGCCUCUUCGUAAACAUUGACGUCGACCGCUUCUACGUUGUUGGGCUACCCAUCGUCAUCAACAGCUUCUUUUGGUACCUGCUGCAGCAGUUCACCAUGGCCCUCGUCUGGGAGGCCGUCCGCCAUUGGGGCAGCUGGAGCGAGAGGCAGGCCAUCGACCCGGACCCGUUCGCCUUGCGGGAGGGCGAUCGCCGGAGCAAGAUUGAGUUUUGGAUGCCGUUGUGGUUCUACUUCUGGCUCUGGCUGAACUUUUUCCUCAUCAUCCCCCGCAACUGGGGCGAAAUCGAGAAGCAGCGCUCCCCCGACCAGACCGCCGCGCGCGCCGCCCCAAAUGCGACCGACGCCCGCUUCAAGGCCGCCACCUUCUGCCUCGUCGUCUGCUGGCUGACCAUCGUCGUCUCCCUCCGUCACUCUAUAAAGCACUACUACCCGCGCAACCGCGGCCUCCUCAACAAGGCCGCCGGCUUUCUCCGCUUCACCCCGUGGCGGUUCAUCUUCAUCCUCCCGCUCGCCGCCUGCCUCAUCGCCUACCAGGGCCUCGUCUCCUGGAACUUUGCCUACUCCGUCCUCAACGCAAAGGCCUCGCUCGCCGCCAUCGCCUACGGCUUCCUGUCGCCCAACGAGGACAAGGAGCUCAUCCGCCAGCGCCGCGAGCGCGGAACCCAGAUCGAUCGCGAGAUGGGAUACGUGCCGAAGCCCGCCUGGUGGAGGCGCGUCAAGAACAACGACCACCUCGUCGGCCGCAUGACCAUGCGCGAGCGCAUCGCCAUGAACGUGCGCGAGCUCGGCGGCGGAAACGCCACGAACCGCGGCGUGCACCAGAACAUCGAGGUCAUGGCCAACGAGCGCGAGCAGGCGGACCGCGAGAUCGAAAUGGCCAACAUGGGCCGCGGCAACAGCAUUACAGCCGAGUCCGCCCCCGUUCCUGUGCGGCCGGGCUUCGACGCCGCAAAGGGGUCAACCUUCACCUCGUAUAGCGGCAAGUCGGAUCGCCGCCGGAACGAGCGGGCUCUCAAUGCCGCAGCAGAGCUGCUCUUCCCCGUUGCCGGCGCGAGUCGGCCGGACCACACCUCCGAGCUGAUGCAGGACGGCCCGCCGCCAUCGUACACCGACGCCCCCGGUGCCGAACGCGCCGGGAGACCCGACAACCUGAACACACCCCACGAUUCCAGUCUGCGUAGUAACAGCACCAGUACGGCUGUCUCGAUCACUGGCCAGCAACCCCAGCAGGUCAAGAGCAUGCUGGACAUCUGA